AUGAGAAAGAUUUGCCCCACUCUCCUCCGCGGGGACCAGCUUCAGAGCGAAGAGGAGACCAUACCAGAGAUCGACCCAACUCUAGACCUCGUUACCGCAGCCGGGACCGCGAUGACUAUCGCCGCCACUCCUCGCGCUCUCCUCCACCGCGGCGCGGCAGACCAGCGUACAGGGACCGCGAUCGCGAGGGCUACCGCUCCCCCGGAUACGGCAGCCGGAGCCGAAGCUACAGUCGCAGCCGCAGUCGCAGCCCUCGCCGAGGCCGGCAUUCGCAUUACGGGCAAGAGAGUCGGGAGGUGA